CUCCUCCUCCUACACAAAUCUUGGACUCUUCCUCUGGAAGAUUCAGAUCUGAUUAAGUAGUAUUAGUAAUGUUAUAAUUUUUAUCAUAUUGGCACAGCCCAACAAUGAGCCAUCUCAUGCCAUCAGGAUGCCUUUUCUAACACAGAGGAGUGAAAUGACGAAGGUCACAUAGCUAGUUAAUGACUGGGCUGAGAUGAACUGAGGUGUCCAAUCUACUGUGCAUCCAAAUAUAUCAUACAGAAUAUCACCCUCUUCCACCUCCUGUCUUUCAGUGGAGAAGGACUCCCGGGGCAACAGAAUAGAAACAGCUCCAGUUUGCCAGAAGAAGCUGUAUUCCCAAGAGGGCUUAGAAGUGACAGCUGCAGGUGACUGCAUGUAACCAACUGGCUCUAAGUCACCAUAAGUACUAGCAAACAUGGCCAGCACAGCAGUCCAGCUCCUGGGCUUCUUGCUCAGCUUCUUGGGGAUGAUCGGGACCUUGAUAACCACCAUCUUGCCUCACUGGAGAAGAACAGCUCACGUAGGCACCAACAUUUUAACAGCUGUGUCAUAUGUAAAGGGACUUUGGAUGGAAUGUGUUUGGCACAGCACUGGAAUCUAUCAGUGCCAGAUCUACCGGUCUCUGUUGGCCCUACCCCGUGACCUGCAGGCCUCUCGUGCCUUGAUGGUCAUCUCCUGCCUGCUCUCUGCCAUGGCCUCCACGUGUGCUGUCAUUGGAAUGAAGUAUACUAAGUGUGCUAAAGGCACUUCUGUCAAGAAUACCUUUGCUGUCUCCGGGGGGGUCCUCUUUAUCUUGGCAGGUCUACUUUGUAUGAUUGCUGUCUCCUGGACAACCAAUGAUGUGGUAGAAAAUUUCUACAACCCACUGCUACCCACUAGCAUGAAGUAUGAGCUUGGGCAAGCCCUGUACCUGGGCUUCAUUUCAUCAUCACUGUCCCUUAUUGGUGGGACUCUACUCUGCAUGUCAUGCCAGGAGGAUGAGCCGUACUCAGAUUACCAGACACAGUCCAGAAUGGCGACAAUGGCACCUCCAUACCAGCCUCCCACUGCUUACAAGGACAAUCGCGUUCCUUCAGUGGCAUCAGCUUCUCACAGCGGUUAUAGACUGAAUGACUAUGUGUGAGCUCCUAGAGAUUUUCCAGGGGGUCUCUGCUGCUUAGCUGUGUGUCUUUCUAUGACAUACCCAGGUCUCAAAACUUUUAAUUUAUGGAACAUUCUUAGCACAAAAUGUAUGACUGUACAUUUUUUGAAUGUGAGGGGGGGGAAAUGGGAACAUGCUUUGAAAAUGGAAAAGAAGGAAGAACUGGGGGGAAAAGAGGAAAAAUCUGUAACCUACCAAAGAUCACAAAACUUCUGGUAAUAUAUUUAAUGUAGGUAUUUAUGUUGGAAAUUCAAUAAUAUAUCUAAUUUUUUAAAAAACCUGGAAGUUUGGCUCAUCCAAGUUCAGUUUCCAGAAAGCUUCUUAGUUUUAGUUAGGUAUUUUUUUUAAAUACAGUAUUAAAUGGUAUUUUCUUAGCCAGACUAUGGUCCUAUGACCUACUGAAGCAGCUGGUGGAUUUAUAAGUUGAUAACUUUCUGUCUUAAAGAUUUCUAAAUAGAUAUGGAAUUACUCAUUUGCAUAGUUCUUUACUGAGAAAAAAAAGGAACUGUCACUGGAUAAUGGCCUUAUGGGAAUUAAUGCUAAAUCUAGGUUAAAACCUAGGUUAGAAUGAAUUCAUUCCAAUGUCUUUCUGAAAAGGUGAUCCAGCAAUUAAAAUACUUGCCUUAAGUGGUCUAAAAUCAGGGUUAGCUUAAGAAAUAAUACUCUGCCACUAAUUAGUUGUCGAUUUCUUUAGGCCUCAUUUUUCCUAUCCAUAAAAUAAGUGUAGCUAUAAAUAAUAAAUAAUAAAUAAAUAAUAUCUUAAUGACUCCUUCUACUCUGAACAUUCUUUAAAUCUGUCUACACUAAGAGAAAGGUAGUUACCCAAAAUGUCAAAACAAGCAGAGUUUUAUGUGAAAGCAUAAGCAACAGAUCCAAAUGGUAAGGACAAAGAUACAGUAAGGUGUUAAAAGAAGAAGAAGAAGAAGAAGAAGAAGAAGAAGAAGAAGAAGAAGAAGAAGAAGAAGGAGAAGAAGAAGAAGAAGAAGGAGAAGAAGAAGAAGAAGAAGGAGAAGAAAGAGAAAAAGAAAAACCAGUCUCCCUGGACAGCAAUUUGAUGUAUUUCUGAGAACUGAGUGAUAAGGACUGGACUGGUGAUUUCAUUGAAAGGGAACUCAUAGCUGAGGGGAUCCCUUCUACCAAAGCAAGAUGGUACUUUAUUUACAACUUUAGUCUUAAUAGAAUUGCUUUAAAGCACUGAGGUUAAGUGACUUGCCCAUAAGCCAGUACGUGUCAGAGAUGUUCUUGUUCCCAGGUCUUCCUGAUUUCAAGGCCAGCUUUCUAACCACUAAGCCACAGCUCCCUCUUUCUGAGUGUUUAUCAAAGCAAAUUCCCAAGAGGCCCAGAUGGAACUGGCCUUGGCUUACCAUUCUUCACUAACAGGUUGUCUUCCUUCAAAUGAGAUAAUGUUUGUAAAUAAAUAAUAAAUAAUUUAUGAAUAAAUAAUAUUUGU